UGGGGAACGGUAGGUUAUGGUCCCAUCCUUUAACCAGUUCAAUUUGCUGCUUUUAGAAAUGCGAACGCAGCCGUCGCGUGUGGGAGCCCACUUAUACUCUGAUUUACGAGGAUGCAUCCCUUCCUUAUGUGACGAAGUUUAGCCAGAUCAGCUCAGAUUACAGCAAAGUGCCACCUGCUGUUAAUGAGUGUUUGGAAGUUAUCGGAUUGCUUUCACGUAUCGGAGAAAGAUUCCCUGAUGCGCAGCUCUCUCCUUCAGUCUUUAUCAGCGAUAAGCUUACCCAGAAACUUACGCAGGAGCUUUCUGAUGCCUUGGUGGUCGCAGCCAGAGCAAUGCCAGAUUGGUGCGAACGCCUCAUUUAUACAUAUCCAUGUCUCUUUUCGGCUGAGACAAAGAACAUGUACAUGCAAGCUACUGCCUUUGGAGUGUCCCGCACAAUCGUUUGGCUGCAAUCUCGUCGUGACGCAGCUCUUGACCGAGCCCGUGGUGCAGCUCAGAGCGCUACAAGCAGCGCCAGCAGACCACAUGACCGCUACCAAGAAUAUCGCGUUGGUCGCUUGAAGCAUGAACGGAUCAAGGUGACUCGUUCGGAAGAACAUCUUCUUGAGCAAGCUAUUCGUGUUAUGAAGUUCCACGCUGAUCGCAAAGCAGUUCUCGAGAUUGAGUACGUUGGUGAAGAGGGAACUGGUCUUGGUCCUACAUUGGAGUUUUAUGCUUUGAAGUCAUAA